AUGAACAGAACUUAACUGCAUUUUAGGACUUUACUCCUGAUGGGCUGGAUUUUGUCUUGGCAGGAGUUUCUGAAGAUUCAUGCAGUGAAAGAAGAAACAGCCAAUGGCUUCAGAAUCCAUGGUUCCAGAGCAGACAAAACAACAUCUGAUAAAGGGAAAAAGGCAGCAGCAGCAAACUAGGUCUUCCAACAGUGAUGGUGAAGAUGACACCUUUGUAUUUGAAGCAAAUGAGGCUUGGAAGGAUUUUCACAGCUCUCUUCUUCACUUCUUUGAAGCUGGAGAGCUCUGCGAUGUUACACUGAAGGUUGGUUCAAAGCUUAUCUCCUGCCACAAACUGGUGCUAGCUUGUGUCAUACCUUACUUCAGAGCCAUGUUUCUUUCAGAAAUGGCUGAAGCCAAGCAGACGUUGAUUGAGAUCAGGGACUUUGAUGGCGAUGCAAUAGAAGACCUAGUGAAGUUUGUGUACUCCUCCCGGCUUACUCUGACAGUGGAUAACGUCCAGCCUCUCUUGUACGCUGCUUGCAUUCUUCAGGUGGAACUGGUCGCAAAGGCAUGUUGUGAAUACAUGAAGCUGCACUUCCAUCCCUCCAACUGCCUGGCAGUCAGGGCUUUUGCAGAGAGUCACAAUCGCAUUGACUUGAUGGACAUGGCUGAUCAGUACGCUUGUGAACAUUUUACAGAAGUGGUGGAGUGCGAAGACUUUGUGAGCGUCUCACCACAGCACCUCCAUAAGCUCCUGUCCUCCAGUGACCUGCAUAUUGAAAAUGAAAAGCAAGUUUACAAUGCUGCUAUCAAGUGGCUGCUAGCCAAUCCACAGCAUCAUGCUAUAUGGCUGGAUGAAAUACUUGCGCAGGUACGGCUGCCUCUCUUGCCCAUUUGUUUCCUUAUGGGUGUUGUGGCAAAGGAAGAGAUUGUCAAGCAGAAUCUAAAAUGUAGGGAUUUGCUGGAUGAAGCAAGAAACUACCACCUUCACCUGAGCAGCAGGGCAGUGCCAGACUUUGAGUACUCCAUUCGCACAACACCAAGGAAGCAGACUGCUGGUGUGCUGUUUUGUGUCGGUGGUAGAGGUGGAUCAGGUGACCCAUUUCGCAGCAUUGAAUGUUACUCCAUCAGUAAGAACAACUGGUUCUUUGGCCCUGAAAUGAACAGCAGAAGAAGGCAUGUGGGUGUGAUCUCUGUGGGAGGUAAAGUCUACGCAGUAGGUGGACAUGAUGGAAAUGAACACUUAGGAAGUAUGGAAGUAUUUGAUCCUCUCACAAACAAGUGGAUGAUGAAGGCAUCAAUGAACACAAAGAGGAGAGGAAUCGCUCUUGCCUCCCUUGGUGGCCCCAUUUAUGCAAUAGGAGGUUUAGAUGACAACACUUGCUUCAGUGAUGUGGAAAGAUAUGACAUUGAUUCUGAUCGAUGGAGUGCAGUCGCCCCAAUGAACACUCCCAGGGGAGGAGUCGGCUCCGUAGCACUUGUGAACCAUGUUUAUGCUGUGGGUGGCAAUGACGGUGUAGCAUCUCUUUCCAGUGUGGAGAAAUAUGAUCCCCAUUUGGAUAAGUGGAUAGAAGUGAAAGAGAUGGGUCAGCGAAGAGCUGGCAACGGUGUCAGUGAGCUCCAUGGCUGCUUGUACGUUGUAGGUGGCUUUGAUGACAACUCUCCACUGAGCUCAGUGGAGCGGUUCGAUCCACGCAGUAACAAAUGGGAGUAUGUAGCAGAGCUUACAACUCCGAGGGGUGGCGUUGGCAUAGCAACACUGAUGGGUAAAAUUUUUGCAGUUGGAGGUCAUAAUGGCAACGCAUACCUGAAUACAGUGGAAGCAUUUGAUCCCAUAGUGAAUAGGUGGGAACUUGUCGGCUCUGUGUCGCACUGCAGGGCAGGGGCAGGCGUGGCUGUGUGCUCUUGUCUCAGCAGCCAGAUCCGGGACGUGGGCCAAGGAUCCAGCAAUGUUGUUGACUGCAUGUGA